AUGUCGCGGUCCUUCUAUGUGGAUUCGCUCAUCAUCAAGGACUCGGCGCGUCCGGCUCCCUCCUUGCCGGAGCCUCAUCCGCCCCCCGGGCAGGACUUCCUCAUCCCGCUGGGCGUGCCCUCGCCUCUGGUCAUGUCGGUGGCCGGCGGGCCCGCCUGCCCGUCGCGCAAGAGCGGCACCUUCUGCGUCUGCCCGCUCUGUGUCACCUCGCACCUGCACGCCUCUUCCCGGGCGGGCGCGGCAGGAGCAGCUGGGGGAGGCGCUGCCGCCGCCGCCGCCCUCCCGCUGCUCAAGGGCCACUUCCCUCCUGCUGCUGCCGCCGCCGCCGCCGCCGCCACCGGCGGGGAUGCCCAGUACUGCCCCCGGAUGAGCCAUGCCCAACAGCAGCCACCGCAGCAGCAGCAGCCGCCCAGCUCGGUGGCCUCCGCGGCAGCAGCGGCGGCGGCGGCGGCAGCUCACGCCCUGGGCCACCCACCUGUCUGCACCGCGGCAGCCUACAGCAUGAGCGACCCCCGGCGAUUCCACUGCCUCGGCCUGGGAGGCUCGGACGCCAGCCAGUUGCAAAACGGCAAGCGGAUGCGCACGGCCUUCACCAGCACGCAGCUCCUGGAGCUGGAGAGGGAGUUUUCUUCCAACAUGUACCUGUCCCGACUACGGAGGAUCGAGAUCGCCACGUACCUCAACCUGUCCGAAAAGCAGGUGAAGAUCUGGUUCCAGAAUCGGAGAGUGAAGCACAAGAAAGAAGGCAAAGGCACCCAGAGAAAUAUGCACGGCGGCUGCAGCUGCACCACCAACCCGGGACGUUACCCCAGGUCCGAAGACGAGGAGUCGCUCUCGCCAGCCUCGGCUAACGAAGACAAGGUCUCCCCUUUAUGAAAAGGCCUUCUCUGAUUGCUCUGAUUGCCGGACGACCACAGACAGAGUCAGCCUCUAAGCCCCCGGGGCCCUCUGCAAGGAGGAAAGGACUCCUAAGGGCUCUGUCCGCAGGGCUAGUGCUAGAUGUUGAAUGUAAAUGAACGUUCAGAUGAAACGGUACUUAUGUAAUACAAACGGCUGCAAUUCUGUGUCUCCCCCCCCCAUCCCGGGUUAACACACAGUCCUGGCUUUUCCUCCAAGGGGGUGAGGAUAGUCUCUUCUUCUCUUCCCACCUCCCAAAAACCUCAGUUUGGUGGGGAUGUCUCUCAUUCCUUCCAGAAUUAUAGGAGAAAGUUUAGAAACAGAACAAUACCGUCUGAGACUCUCUCUCCUUUCUUUGUACAGAUCUUUAUAUAAAGUGGGGGAAAUAAUCCGAAUUAGAAUUGUUCGGAUGCUGUCCUUUGUAUGUGAACAUUUUUAUAUCAAAUUUAUAUUUAUAUUUAUUUAAAUA